CGAUAAUCUCAGAGCUCUUUCUGAUGCGGAAUAUAAUUAUUCGCCUCGCCACUUCUCUCCACCACAACCAUAGACAGCCUUGAAUUGUGUAUUGAAUCAUCGGCACACUAUCUACAUUAUAGAAUCAUGAGUUUCGGAGCCCCCGGCGGUGCUGCCGUCAAUUAUAAACCCACGCCACCGGAACGUGGUAGUUUCCCUCUCGAUCACGAUGGCGAAUGCAAGCACCUCAUUAUGGACUAUUUAAAGUGUCUCAAGUCGCAACGAGGAGUGAACGAUGAGCAAUGCCGGAAACUUGCCAAGGGAUAUUUGGGCUGUCGAAUGGAUAAGAAUCUCAUGGCGCCUGAUGAGUUUAAGAAUCUUGGGUUGGAGUUUUCAGAGAAUUCUUCAACGAGAAAUACACCGGCGUCUAGUGAUUCAAUAUCGAAGCAGGACCAAAAGUAGCGAUUGUUCGAUCAAGGGAAUUAACUGUAUACUGGCAUUCCUGGAGUUUAGGGCGUUCUAUUCUGAAUAUCCCAAAUUUUCUGUAUAAUAUUAUCUGAUUUACUGAAAGGAAUACAUGAACAUAUAUUAAAACACAACAAAAAUAUCUAACUACACUGUGAAUAUUAAUAACGAUUGGUUGGAGAUUAGCACGGCAAAACGUGGGGAAGCUUUGCGCUUCCGAGC